AUGCAGAGGUUUGGUUCAGCAGCAACUCUAACCAACUCUGAUGAAACCACUGUCGAUCAUUCCGACACUAGUGUCCUGCCAAGGACAGACGAGCCAUUGGCGCUUUCGCAAUCUUCCAUGCGGGGACUUAAGGACGAAGUUAAAAACAAAUCUUCCUCUGGGUGGAACUGGACCGAGUGA